AUGGCAAUAGAUUCUGCAUCAAACGGAAACCAAAAUCUGGGUUUGGAAGAUGGCAGUGCUAAGGAAAUCACUGAAAACUCCCCUCACAAAGGAAGAAAGAUCAGUUCUGCAUUACUAGGUAAUGCAGAAGCAGGAUCAUCAUCGGCGUCGUCGCCGUCGUUGUUGUUUGAUAACACGGAGCCGAAGUGGGUAAUGAUAUCAUGUUACUGUAAGCAGCAAGGUGUGAAGAGGGGUCCUGCACAAUGCAGGAAGAGGUGGAGUAAUCUGAUAGGAGAUUUCAGAAAGGUGAAAAAUUGGGAGUCUAAGUUGGUAAAUAAGGCUGAUUCAUUUUGGAGUAUGAGGAAUGAUCUUAGGAAAGAGAAGAAGUUGCCUGUUUCGUUCGAUGUCGAAGUGUUUAAGGUUUUGGAAGGAAGGGAGACUGGUACUGUUUCGCCGUUGCCUUUACAGGCGGUUGCUGCUGCUGCUGCUGUUUAUGAUGAUGCUGCUGCUGAGUUUGGUUCCGAGGAGGGUGGCGAUGACGAGGAGGAUGAGAAAAUGCAGGAUGGUGGAGAGGUUUUGUCUGAUUUUAAGGAUAAAGAACAGGAGACUCUGGCAUUAACGGGGAAGUCGGAGGAUGAUAAGUUUGCUGACAAUAUGACUGAGGAACCUGUAAAGAAUUUCUGCAUUCCAGAACCGAUUUCAGAUACUCCAAAAGAAUCAAGGCCAAACUUCUCUAACUGGGAUUCACAAGGAAAGGGCAAAAGACUGCGUUUAUCUACAGAUGAAUGUACAACAAACUGCUCAGAGGCACAAAUCUUAAAAGUGUUGGAGGAAAACAACAGAUUGUUGAAUGCACAACUCGAAAGUCACAACAAAAACUGUCAACUGGAGAGAGAACAGAGGAAACAGAACAACAAUGAAUUGAUGUCUACACUUAGCAAGCUUACUGAUGUCCUGUCUAAGAUUGCUGAGAAGCUGUGA